AUGAAUCCUGUUCCACCUCAACAGAGACCAACUGCUUUCUCCAGUUUACACCGACCACAAACUCAACCAAAGACUGCCCAGGAAGCAUUAGGCAUUUCAGCAUAUCCUGAAAGCUUAAACAUGCCCCAAAAGCAGGACCUACAGCCAACGACAGUUUCUUACUGUGGCUUAGGGGACUUCACUCCACCAACUAAUCCCUAUUUGUGGCUUGGUGGAGUAAACAAUUCUCCACCUGGAUUUCCUAUUCCAGAAAUGAGUUGGUUUUCCCAAGACGACACCCUGAAGAUGAGACCUCCAUUUUCCUACGCUUCUCUGAUUGCCUUGGCAAUUAAAAGUACUUCACAAAAGAAACUAACACUCAACCAAAUCUAUGAUUAUGUCUUAGACAACUACCCAUACUACAAGAAGGAUAAAGCAGGCUGGCAAAACUCUAUUCGGCACAACCUGUCCUUAAAUGACUGCUUUAAGAAGGUCCCAAGAGAAGAAAGUGACCCAGGAAAGGGACACUACUGGAUCGUUGAUCCAAACUGCGAAAAAGAUUUUGAUAAUGGUAAUUUCCGCAGAAAAAGAAAGUCUAAAAAACUGAAGACUGUCGAUGACCAGGCAAUCAUAAAUGAGAACAGUAAAGAAACUUCCUCUAUACAAAAUUCGCCUUCCUCAAACAAAGGGCUUUCAUCCCAGGACAGAAGUGUUUCUCCUCCAGCUGUCACGUAUACACCUUGUCUACGCAAUUUUUAUAACCGCGUGUCCUCCCUGGAUUCCAGUUCUGCAAAUGGACAGAUGCCAUUGGACCUAGUUUCGGAAGUAACACAAAGAAACAUUACAGGGUUCGGCAGUUUUACACAGAAUACUUUAAUGGAACCAUCUGCACAUGUGCAAGACAGUGGACUAUUUUAUAACAGUGCCCCUUAUUAUAAUACCUUCUCUUCCACCAUUCAAAGUCAAGCAAUGCAGUCACAAUUUCUUCGUCCAUUUCAAACCCCUCCAUCCCCUCUUUACUCUGGAAUAUACUGA